UCUCCCCCUUUUCACUAUUCCAUUUUCCCCCAAACUUUUCAAAUCCCCAAACCCUAAUUUCUCCAUUUCGCAAGCUCUGUUUUCGAUCCUCUUUCGAUUUUUCGGAAAUGGCGGAGGAAUUCGACGAAUCCGAGGUGAUUUUCUCCCACAAUUUCUCCGAUCAUCGUCACCGGGAGGAGGAUAAUUCUCCGUUCGGUAAUCGCCGCGAGAGCUCCGGCGAUAAGAGACGGAGCAAGACGGCGGUGUUAUCGAGCUCGUUGCCGGUGAAUAUACCAUCGGGGAACAUUUUCCGGAGGUACGUGGCGGCAGACGAAUACUCCGAUGAAGAAUAUUCGGACGGCGGAGGAGAGAUCGUGCCGCCGCAUGUGAUCGUCGGGAGGAGGAUUCAGGGACAAAUGGCGUUCUCUGUUUGUACAGGGAACGGGAGAACUCUCAAGGGACGAGAUCUGAGCCGGGUUCGGAAUUCGGUUCUCAGGUUAACCGGUUUUUUGGAGGUCUGAACCGGUCCGAUUCGGUAUCCUAAUUUUUCUUUUUAUUUUUUUUUUGGAUUUCUCAAAACCAAUUAACAAUUUGGGAUAAUUGCUUUCUCUGUGGUUUCUUCACACGUUUUUUCCAACAUUAUGCACUUUGGGAAUAUCAGAUUAAUUGUAACAAAUUACAGAAAAAAAAGUUUGGGGUCAUACUGUAAUAAAAGAUAAUUCGUUGUUGGGAUUCAUAUUAUGCGUGUGUUUGGCAAUUUUAUUUUAUUUUGGUUUUCCGAAUUUUAUUGGAAAAUUUAAAACUAUGAAAUCUCGUGAGGUGGUCUGUGGAUUAGGACAAAAACCCAAAAGACACAGCUGUUGUGUUGUGUAUUGAUUGAGAGAGAGAGAGCCGGUGAUAUCAAACCCCAAAUGUAUCAAAGAAUUAUAGAGUUCUUGUUAUUUAACAAUUAAUUUUAAAAUAUUCUAAAUCCUAAAUGAUUGAAAAGAACAUCCCAAUACUUUAUUUUCACAUAGAGCUUUCAUAUAUAUUAUUUACUUCAUUUAGAAAUAAAUCGGAUAUUUAAUCUGACCCAUUUUGUGCACGUGCAAGUGUAUAUAUAAUCUUUGAUAGUGACGACAUGAUGACUUUAUAAUAAGUAAUUUGUUUCCAUAUUCUUCAAGACCCGUGAUUAAAAGAUAAAAGACACUGUGGAUCUCUCUAAAUGAAUUGAGAAUUCUCCAAGUCAUCCAUUUAUUUAUUUUAUUAUUCUUUGUAUAUAUACACACACACACAUAACACAUUUGUUUGUACUUUUUAUCAUUCGUGAAAAAACAACCUAAUUUAUUUUGAAAUUGUUGUUUAUUUCCAUAUUUAACCUCGUGGGAAUUGGUAGUAAUGGUAUACUUUUUGUUUAGUAUGCAUGGAUGCAUGCAUGCAAUCAUGUUCUUAGACAAAAAAAAGACAUUUUCAAGAGUUUAUUUAUUCCUCCAUCGUAGAUUUAGAAGUUUUUUUUUAUACAUUGGGAACUUCCGUGACUAUCUACCCUUACAAAUGGAGACGAACUGGCUACCACCUGCGCCUAACAGUCCUCCACCGGAUCUGGCCACCAGGCGCGUCUAACGCUCGGGCCGUAGUUAGGCUUAGACGUCUGCGGAUCAAACCCCAAACACACGCACACAAGCCUGCAACACACACGUAUGAGGUAAAUCAGUCUAUUAUGAUAGGCUGACAGACAAACAGGUCAGAGAAAGGGAGACGACAGGGUUCGAUCCCCCACCUCAAGAAGUUGUCCCCUGCUCCCUACCAGCUGACCUGGCCCCGAAGGGCAAGAAGUUUUAUUUUUUACAUUUCAAUUGCAACGUGUUUGAAGACAACACACACAGUAUUUGACGGUGGUGCUAUUUUAUUA